AUGGAUGAUCAACGGGGGUCCAGGACUGCCCCCUUCUACGCGGUGCCACCCCGUCGCCUCGUCAGCGUCGAGCACCCUGCCGUGGUCCGCAAUGUCGAUAAGGCGAUCGAGACCUUACAAGGCGAUGCCGGAAUAAAGACAAUCCUGAACCCGGCCCAAGAUGGCACACUAGCUAAUCUGGUGUUGCGGCCAGAAGAUGCGAUGGCUCGAUCGGUCCAGUCAACGAGCAUGCAAUCAAAUAAUGUCCUGCUCAAAGUAACUGUCCCCAAGAGGACAGGACGAAAGCGCAAGAGAGGCUCGAAUGAACCUUUUGCAGACGCACCAGAGUCAGAAGCAUCCGAGCCGCCCCCGCGACGGACCGCUAAGGAUCUCUUGCGUAGUAUGAGUGAUAACCCUUCCAAGUACCAGAUUGAGCCUGUCGGGAGGGUUGAACGAACACAUGUGUUCCGAGGAAUCCCUGAUUUCGUUUACUCAACUACGGCGAGUUCCUUUACGAAUCGAUUCCGAGACCAGAUUCUUCCCUUUGACUUCGACAAGAUGAAGGAAUUUGACAUCGACAUGGCUAAAGGCGCCGCCGGGAACGCAGAUCUCAUCCCACCACCAUCAUUCAGCCACGGAGACGUCCCAUUCCACUACAUCUACCGACAAAACCCAACAGUGAAACAAGCAAUCGGCCGCUCCGGCAAACUAGAAACCGUAAACACGCAAACCGCCAACAAAGUCCUAACCCACCUAGUCCCCUACGACAUACCCAAAGUCCCAUCCGAGCCCCGUGCAGACAUGCUCCCAAUAAGCGCCCUGGACGCAGGCAUGCUCCGCACAAUCGCCACACUAAACGCUCUGUACGAAAAACAACCAGCUUGGACACGUCGCGGACUCCGCAACAACCUAACAACCGACGAAGACCGCCUGAACCUACGUCACGCAAUUCCAUACGUAGGCUACAUCUUCCGCUCGGGGCCCUGGCGCGACGCAAUCAUCAAGUUGGGCGUCGAUCCCCGCACCUCACCCGAGUACCGACACUACCAAACCUUCAUGUUCCGCCUCCUCGCACGAGAAGCAGAACUCGCCCGCGAUGGCGGCGGUGGCCGACGCCACAACGUCCCCCGACCAAGCGACCAACGCACAGGCGAAGACGAAAACGCCAACGGGCCAUCGACAGGCCACAUCUUCACCGGCAAGCAGCCAUUCGCACAAGACGGACGAAUCUGGAUGAUCGGCGAGAUUCAGGACGCACAGCUGCAGGCCGAUUUAUAUCCGCCGGAUGCAGGACCUGGGUUCCUGCGCAGCGAAUGCGAUAUCGUUACCGAUGGAUGGUUCGGGAAUGGCACGCUUGCGAAAGCGAAGAUCGUUAUGCGACAUAAGAUCCAGGCGUUGAUGGAAGGACGGGAACCUGUUGAUGAGGAUUAUACGAAGAUUAUGCAACUUCCUGCGCAUGCGCGGUCUGAGGCUGAUUUUCCGCUUUUCACGCUUGAUCCUGAUGUUGCGACGCAGAAGGAGAUUAGCCUUGCUACGGAGGUUCGGGCGAUUAUUCGGGGUUCGCCGGUUUGGAGGAAUUUGUCUGCUAAUGCUGGGUUGGUGAAGAGGGAGGUUGGGGAGGGGAGGGGGAAGGCUAAGGGGAAGCAAGCUUUGAAGGGGAAGAAUGUUGAGCCAGAACCGGAGCCGGAGCCUGAGCCUGAGAAGGGCGACGAGGAGAGUGAGGGCGAAGAGGAGGAGAUUCAGCGGAGGGAGAUGUUGGCUGCUCAGGUUGCGGAUGCGGCCGCGGCGAGGGAUGCCGAUGAAGCUGGCGAUGACGACGAGGAAGAUGGUGAUGGUGAUGGUGAUGGGGACGAUAGUGAUGAUAUGGACGAAGAUGAGGACGAGUAA